UCCCCGCCUCCUUCCUGUAGUUCCGUCCAGUUUUGUACGUGGAUGAGGAGGGCACUGCGGUGCGGUGACCCCAGGGUGUAUAUCACUUGUAUGGUGGUCACGGUGGGCGCUGUCAUUACUUAUUACAGGCUGUUCUGCUGCAGUGUGCCGGCUAUGGAGGAGAGGCAUGCAGGUCCGUGGGGUGAAGAUAUCCUAGAUUUUUUCCUGAGUAAAGGACUGAUAAAAAGCAAGGAUGGGAUAGAAAUUGUGUGGGAGCAUGCUGCAAACAGCAAGGACAAGUUACACCAUGCAUUAGAGAGUGAGGACCAUAUGAUUGAAGCAGAUGUUCUCCUUGGGGGAUCAGGUGAUGGAGAGCCAAUCAUGGCUCAUCCUCCUGCUACCGAAAGUGAUAUAAACCUAAAAGACUGGCUGACUGCGGUCUCUGAUUCUAACAAAGGCAUUAAGCUUGAUUUUAAAAGUUUGGAAGCAGUGUUACCAUCCAUGAAAAUCCUGGAUGUGUUGAAGAAUAGCAUUAAACAACCUAUAUGGAUAAAUGCUGACAUACUGCCAGGUCCUGGAGGAAGUGCCAAUCCGGUAGAUGCCACAGAAUUCCUGCAGACUGUGUCAUUAUUUUUCCCUGAUGUGACAUUUUCAUUGGGUUGGACAACUGGAUGGCUACCAGGCCAAAAAAAUGAAGGAUACAGCUGGGAGAUGGCUAAAGAAAUGACAGAGAUAUGUAAUACUUUGAGCCAAAAAGUGACUUUCCCAGUGAGGGCGGCACUAGUGAGACAGUCCUGGCCUGCGCUGCAGUGGCUGUUGCAGACCUCGGACAGGUACAGCUUGACUGUCUGGGCUGGAAAAGACGACGUCUAUUCAGUGGAGGACCUGUUAUACAUCCGAGAGCACUCUAAGGAACACCAGAUAUUUUAUGAUUUAUUUGAGCCUCACAAGACUCAAUUUAAGGAGUCAGUGGACCAUAAAGUUUAAAAGGCGAUUCUCAUAAAAUGUGAUAAUCAAAUUGGUUCUGUUCAUUUUGUGGCUGCUGGGACCUUGUGGAUUUAACACUAUUAUGGACUUUAUACUUUCAGCACUGACACGGUUCUUAAAGAGCGCAACAUGGUGUUAGUAGUAAGUGCAAGGGUUUUAGAUUAAAUAUUGGGUAAGAUUACAACUUAAAGCAGAGUUCCACCCAAAUCUGGAACUUCUGCUUUAAGCACGCCUCGCCCCCUUACAUGUCACAUUUGGCACAUGUCACAAUUUUUUUUUUUGGGGGGGGGGGCCUAGUUUUUUUAGGUCUCCAGCUCCAACUUCCGCUCACGCAGCCUAGGCAACUCCUCCUCUCCCCCUCCCUUCAUGCAAUCUUAUGAGAAACGUCUCGGGUCCAAGAAGAUUGCCCGGCCACUGAGAAGGUGCAGCACGACAUGAGCAUGUGAACCUGCAAGCUGUCACAGCCAGGUGCCCACACUUGCAAUGAUGGUGCCGCAGAGAGGAGAGAGGCUUCUGGGCGGCCGCAUCACUGAACCAUGGGACAGGUGGGUCUGUUUAUUAAAAGUCAGCAGCUAAACUUUUUGUAGCUGCUGACUUUUAAUAAACUUAAAAACGAGUGGAUCUCUGCUUUAAGGUGUAUGGCAAAGUAAAGCGAAAAAAAUUAAUACUAUUUAGUACUUCUCUCCAAUAAAUGCAUUGGCCCAUGUUUUAUAUAUUUAAAAAUGUGCAAGUAUGGAAAAAUUGUUAAUCCACCUAAAAUCCAUUCUGGGGGAAGUUAGACGGUUAGUUUUACGAGUCAGAAGACCAAGAUAAAGUGUAAGGUAACAAUUUUAUCUUUAACACUUGUAAUCUGUGACACCUGCACACAAAGCUACUUGACACCUUUGUGAUGGUAUUUAUUUUAUAUCUGGAUAAACUAUGUUGCUCACUCUACAUUUUUUACUAGCAUCAUUCACUCCUAGUCAGUAGCCCUAAGGAUAUAAUAAGGUAAUCUAGAUAGUGAUGUAGUAGGGGUGCCAGGAAUGGAUGCAAGAUCUGAAACUGGCUGAAGUCAGAGACAGAGCAUGGUGAUCAAGCAAAGUAGCAUGUAGAUGAGUCUUCAAGCAAGGCAGUGGCAACAUUUGUAGGGAAGAAUAGAAUCCUUACAGAAGGGAGCCGCAGAGUCACAAGACAAGCAAGGAAGUUCAGAUCAGCAGGAAAUAUACCAAUUCAGAUAGUCAAGGAAAGGUACAAUUACAAAAUACACAAAACCACAAUGCCUAAUUGUAGUAUUUAUUUGCAAAGUGAGUUUGACACUUCCUUGCCAAAGCAAUUAUUUGGAAUUGGGCCCAGUCAAAAGUGUUGUGAGCCUUGAUCCAAACGUUCCUUUUGGUAGAGUACUAUAAAACUGGGGUUGUUAUAAGAAAGUACCGUAUAUAUUUUUAGGUUUGAGAAUAUCUAUGAUGUAUUGAUUUGGUAUUACUCUAUUAAAUAUAUUCUUAUCAAAACA